AUGUUGAGAUUGAUAAACCGAAGAAAAAUUGGAUCAAUAUCAAUCUAUCUGGUCACAAAACACUUUUUCUUCAAUGAUCGACCUCAUCCAAUCGAUCCAGUGAUCAGUGCAAAUAGUUUUUGUCCUGUUCAAAUUCUUAAGAUCUAUAUGAACCUUGUUAAGGAAUUUAAAUCUCCUGAUUCACCUCUAUUCUCUUUUCGAGAUAAUCAAUUCCUUACAACCACACAAAUUUCAGAAUUAAUACGAAAUGCAAUUAGAUUAGUGGAUAGCAAAACAAAAGUCUCCGGACAUAGCUUACGUAUAGGUGCUUCUACCGAAAUUUCCUCGAAAGGAAUGUCUAUUGAAGUCAACAAGAUUAUGGGUCGAUGUGCGUCAGAUAAGUCAAUACUUAGAUAUUCUCGCCGAAUUGGUUUUUCAGAAAACAACUUCUCCACCAAACUCUUCAAUACUCGGAACUAA